AUGCGGGACACAGAAAGCCACAGUGCUGAACCAGAUAACCCUGUGCCCAUGCCCAUGUCCCCUCCAUAUCCUUCAGAUCCUGUCAUGAAUCCGCAACUCAUCCCUUCAGAAGCCGGUUUUACUGUACCCUAUCUGCGACCAGAGGAGACUGUUUUAGGAGAACUGAAAGAUUCAGAUAUACAUGCAGUUGAGAAAGAUGCCUCAAAUCCAAAUCAAGAAGGUGAAUUUCUGGCGCCAGGAUUUGAGGACAAAACCAUUCGGAAAGCAUUCAUCAGAAAGAUGUUCACCUUGCUAACAAUUCAGAUACUCAUCACCUUUACUGUAGUGUGUGUGUGCACCUUCUCCGACACAGUCAAGAAGAUGAUUCAGGAACAUGAAUGGGUGCACAUUAGUUCCUACAUCGUCUUCGGAGCAGUGGACGCAUUCCUUGCCACGUUCUACAAAUAUAUCCACAAGUUUCCCUUGAACCUGCUGGGACUGGUAUUGGUCACCCUGAGUCUGUCUUACAUGGUGGGGACUUUAGCUUCAUAUCUCAACAAAAAUGAAGUUGUCAUUGCUUUAGGAUCAACUCUGCUCAUCUUAUUUUCCAUCGUCAUUUUCUCUGCCCAGACAUUAGUGAAGUUCAACGUGUUUACCAGCAGUCUGUUCGUGCUGUUGGUCGAUUUACUUAUUUUUGGAUUCCUCAGCAUCUUUUACUACUCUGAUAUAAAAAAGAUUGUCUAUUCUUGCGUGGGAGCUCUUGUGUUCGCAAUGUACCUCUUGGUGGACUGUGAGCUGGUGGUCGGCAGGAAGAAAUACAAACUGAAUCCUGAACAGUACGUCUUUGCUGCUUUAAUAAUCUACCUGGAUAUCAUUCUCUUAACUUAUAAGCCUACUAGAACAAAAACCAAAGAAGGAGUUUGA